AUGUGCCUUUCCAUUGGGUUUGUCGGUUUCGUAAGUUGUAGUUAGGCUUCCUCUCAACAAGACCUCCACUAAGACCUCGCGCAUAAUCUGCAAGGCAGCCAAUAAAUCUUAACUGGUCCGUUAAGCUCUUUCGCCUAAAAUAUUUUUUGCAAACUCAAUGCUUGUGCUUAUGUGUACCAAAUUAGAAACAAGUGCUCGUACGCUUGCGCUUUGUAUCUAUAUUUUAGGUGUACGAUCUAGAAUUCUGUGCAAAAUUGGAAAAUAUUAGUGAAGUUGUUCCCUACGGGUCCGAUUUCCGGUGGUACAUUCAGGUAGGUUCUUUAUUGCUGAAGUUUACAGGCGUUCUCCCAGGUCAAAUGCACUAGUUGUAACGAAGUUCAUGAAGAUUGGGUAUACCUCUGUGAAGGAGUAAGUUACCAGGAGCGGAAUUACUGCGUUUGUUUCCACAGGAGCGGGUCCCUUUGAAGGGUUCCAGGAGUUCAACAAACCUAAAACUGAAAUGUAAAUUCUGCAGCCGUGAAAAUUCUGCCGGUACACAUCUGCCUUUACCCAUACACCUGAACGUCUACGUCUUAAUUUGUGCUGCUUCUGUUGUCUGCUCUUAUUUGGAAGUGUUUUUUUAAUCUUAAUUGCCUGUAAUUGGCCGUUUGGAGUUCGAAAUAAUUCUUUCUCUUUCGUCGUAUGAACUAUGGUAUGGUUGCAAGUGGAUGGUGUCGUUGUUUUUUCUCCUCACGAUAGUCCUCUUGAUCCUUAGGAAAUAAAUAACGUAUCUCACUCCCGGCGUAUUCUCGUAGUUUCUCUGUUAGACUUCUCCGACAACAGUCUUUUUCUGUCUGAUAGCAUUGUCAGCGGGCCUGAAUCAAUACCUCCUUGCCUCAGCUUAGAUCACUGUACUCAAAUCUAAGUUCUUUUUUCUUCAGUUGGACGUUUGAUAAUGAUCUGACCUCCUUUUUUUCUUCCACUUUCAGACAUCGUCCCCGGAAGCGUGAGUCCCUACACUGAUGACUCCUCCGAGAAGUUUAGCAAAAUGAUGCGGCUAGACUGCCGUGGCCUCCAACCCCUGGCUUUCUCCCCCAGAGUUGGCUGGCGCGUUACCUCAUCCGCCUCCAGCAGGGUCUUUGAGGACGUGGAUCUUGGUCAAGGCGUGAGUCGAGUCAGCCACCUUAUUUGA